UACAAAAACAAGUGUUCUCCGCCGUGAUAAGCCGCACUCUAACGAUUUCAUUAUUUGGUUAAACAAUUACAAGGGCAAAGCAUAAAAAGUAUGCACUGGAGACAGUCCAACGCAUAAUUAGCUUACAUACAAAACAAAAUGCAAAAGCAAGAGGAGGUCCUGUCGCGCCUCAGGCAAAUAUUGGACAUAUUUCUGCGCGAUAACUUUUCCACACACAACAAUGUUUACUUUGAGAAGCUUCUAACGCACCUAAAGGCUAAGGAGAAUGACUAUGUGCUCCAGGCGCCGUUUAUCGUCGACUGGGUGGACAGAUGCAUGACCAUGGUAACGGAGGACUUCAACAAAGUCCAUCCGAAGGUGACAUCGUUCAUGCUGAAUCUCACCAGCUACUUGGCGUCCAACGAAUGGAUGAUUGUGCGCCUCCGUGAACUGGAUAUUGUGGGCAGAACCAUUAAAUUCCUGCAGUCGGGAGAUCAGCAGUUCAGUCCGUCGAUCAAACUGGGUGGCAUACGGCUGAUGAAGGCCGUGGCUUGCUUCAGCAUGGGUCUGGCAUUCAUGAGGAUCCAUCGCACCUGGACAUUGCUGAUUCAAUACUCGAACAACGAUCACACUCUGUAUGUGGUGAGGGAGGCCAGACAGGUGCUCUACGAGAUGCUGUACAAAUCGUGCGACAAGCUGCACGACAAGGCUGUUACCCUGGAAAUACUGGCCGAGAUAAUGAAGCCCAUUCACGAUAACCUGUACAAGACCACGGAUCCGGAGGUGCAGGAACGCAUUCACAUCAAUGUGGACGACAAUGAGCUGUUGCACAAGAUCUCCUCCACCUUGGAUCUGCUUUCGUACAUUCUCCAGCAGACGCUGGUGCUCGAGGAGCGCACAAUGCUGAUCUCGCUGAUGAAGGAGUAUCACCACAUUGAAAUAACCAUUUGGAAACUUAUCGACAUGACGCACAAUCCGUACUUUGUGGAGAAGAUCUUCACGACCCUGAGCAGCUACUACUUUGCCCUGCUGAUGCACGAGAAGCUGCUCAAUCCGGACGUGACCGAGCCACCCGAACAGUUCAACGACUUCUGUGUGUCCUUUUUUAAUCUCAUGAAAUUCUUCAUUACCCGAAGGGACGGUGUGGGCUUCGUGAAAAUGGCCGAACUGAAUCAUAUACUGUGGAAGAAGCUUGGCCCACGGGCCCCCAAAGAGAUCAUCAUACAGCAGGAACGUGUAACGUUUGAGAAUCAGUUGAUCUGCUUCCACAUGCUGCCGCUGCUCUUCUCCAUGAAAAAUGUCCAGGGGCAGUCGGACGAGGCGGCGCGAGCCGAACUGUUCGACGCUUAUGUUCUGAAAUUAAUGGAAAUGUCGUGUGAGCAGACAUUCCGUUUGUGCUACAGCAUGCGCGAUGCCUUCUUCACGCCCGAAGGUGUGGCGGGUGGCCUGUUUACGCCAGAGUUGGCCAACAAGUGCAUACACAGUAUACUGGCCCUGGAGCAUGUGCUGGACCGAGAACAGGCCAUUACCGUCUGCCAGGCAUUGCUCCAUGUUCUCCGCGAGGUGGUGGCUAUGAACAACCACCUGGACAGUUCGGCUCAAGAUGAUUGUCAUAGCGUGAGUGACUCUGGCAGCACUUACCGGGAUCUGUAUCCACGCGGCACGGAGCUGGUGGUGACUGAUCCCAAAGUUUUGCAUUCCGUCAUGGUUGGCCUGCGUACGCUAAUCGAACGCUUCAAGAUCACGUGGAAGGAGUCGGUGGAGACGAUUGGACUUGUCAAUUGUCUGGCCUUUGUGCUGGAGAACACCAACAUGGAUGCCAGAUGCACUGUGCAGGCCCUGAAGCUCGUCCAGCUGGCUGUGGAGCAUUUCCUGUCGCCGAACAUGGCUCUGCUGGUGGACAAUCUGCAGGGCUCUGCCUUGGUUUGCCUGGGCCCCAUUAUUGUCAAGCGUAUGCAUGAUACCACAUGGGAGGUGCGUGAUACCACGCUGGAGUUGACCACCUCCAUAGCCAGCAUUUCCCGCAUCAAGUUUCCCGCCUUUCAGCAGUUUCUGAUUGACGCAAAGAUACCUCCGAUUGUCUACGAAAUGGCCAAGAAUGAUUCAGAGAGCUAUGUGCGCGCCUCCGCCUUCAAAUGCCUCUCCCAGAUGGUGACCAUCAAUCUACUGUGGGAUAAUGGGCUCAGUCAACUUGAUCUUGUGGAUCAUCUACUGUAUGUGCUGUAUCGGGACAAUGACGAUCUCGUGCGUGCAGAGGCUGUGAUCACGCUGAUGAAGAUCUACGAACAUCGCAAGAUCCAGCAGAAGUACAAGAAUACGCUCUUCUCAACCCUCAACUACUGCGUGGUCGGGGAUCAUCACUCAGAGGUGAAGAUAAAUGCUCUGCUGUUUUGGCGUCGCGAGUUUUUCCGCCAGUUCAGCAACCAGGGCAUGAUCGACGGCGUCUUUCCCACAGUGACCUUCUCCAAGGAGCAGAAGAAGAUUGUUACGCUGACGGAGAAGGAGAUUCAGACGAGCAUUGCCAAAGUGUUGGGCGAGGUGCAGCAAUUCGGUUACUUUGGCAUCAUCAUCAAGUGUCUGCGCGAAGAGGUGUCGUCGGAUAUACUGGAGUUCGUAAUACGAGGAGUUAAAAUAAUGAAUGAAAAAAUUGAGCGCUACAAGGGCAUUACGGAGGAGGUCGAGCUGAGGUCACCUGCCCCGAGGGAUGAACAAUCUUCCUCGUUCAACUUUAAACCACAGGAGCCAACGCCACAGACAUCUGGACGUAGCUCUCCCAUGAACCCCAGCAAGGCGGAUGAGAUUAUCGAUGGCAUACUGAGCUCGCAGGAUGCGCAGCUGCUGGAGACGGCCUUCCAAACGCAAAUGCAAAUUAACGACGAUGAGGACGAGAAGCGGCACGUGGACGAGUUCUAUUACAAACAGUUUGCGAUGCCUUUGCGCCAGUUCUUUAUAGAGCUGAAGACAAUUGACCUGGAUAAGUUGAUCAAACAGCAAGAGGAGUGGUUUGACUGCACCGAGAACUUGACAUCCCUGCUGGAUGAUAUUUUGUGUGUCAUAAGGAGUGACGAUGAGAAUAUUAUUUCCGAUUGUUACUAGCCCGCUAAACGAGCUGAGUGUUUUUUUCCUGAAAUAUAAACUAUUUUUUUAAUAACGUUUUCUACAUGUGAAAUGAGAUUUCAUUCCGAAGAAAGAACGGAUUAUAAUAAAGCAGAGCACCUUUAAA